AUGGACCUAGAAGCCCGACGACGAAAAGAUUGGCGCUAUGGCUGCGUAAUGGAUGCUGGUUCAUCGGGCACCCGGAUAUACAUCUACAGAUGGCUCGAUCAUAUGUCACAACGGGAGAAGGCGACCCCCGAAGAAUUAGACAGCUUUCCGCUGAUUUCGACAAAGAAAAAAUGGAUUAAAAAGAUUCGACCUGGUGUAUCGGCUUUCGCGGACAGGAUCGAAAGUGUAGGUCCAGACCAUCUCGAGGAACUUUUCGCACACGCCCGAACGAUCAUUCCUCCCGACCAGAUACCCGACACCCCGUUAUUCCUAUUAGCAACUGCUGGUGUUAGACUACUGCCCGUGUGGGAACGAAAGGCCCUACUCACAGAGAUAUGCAACUAUGCGGUUCAGAACACCAACUUCCUACUCCCGGAUUGCAAACUUCACAUUCAAGCCAUAACAGGGGAAACUGAAGGCCUUUACGGCUGGAUCGCUGCAAAUUACUUAAUCGGCUCUUUUGAUGCGACUCAAAAACACGAUCAUGGGAAGAACCACCACACUUACGGGUUUCUCGACAUGGGAGGUGCUAGCGCUCAAAUCGCAUUCGUACCAAAUGCGACAGAAACUAAGAAACACGCCGAUGAUCUCAAGUUACUCCGGAUGCGAAAGCUCAGUGGGCAGUCGGUAGAAUAUAAGGUGUUCGUUACAACCUGGUUAGGGUUUGGGGUACAUCAAGCAAGGUCUCGAUAUCUCGAAAAGCUAGUAGAAGCGUCCGGCGGCGAAAACGUUCUAGAGCUCCCAGACCCGUGCCUUCACCGGGGGCUGACAGCGACGAUAGAUGGCAAGGAAGUGGGAUCUAGCAGCGCUGGGUCGGGCAACCAGCCGGCCUCCGAAAAGAAACCAUAUCUCUUUGGUACCGGAAAAUUCGAUGAGUGCCAACUUCAGGUCCACCCACUUUUAUCUGACGGCAAAAUACCCUGUAACAAUGCUGCGUGCUUAUUGGAUGGCCAUCACUUUCCUCAGGCAGACUUCGACAUCAACCAUUUCCUUGGAGUAUCGGAAUACUGGCACACCACUCACGAGGUUUUUGAAAUGGGACACGAGACUAAAGCAUAUGACCUCGCAACUUACUCUAAGAGAGUCAGAGAGUAUUGUUCGGAGCCUUGGGAUGCUAUCAGGGACAAAUUACAUCAACACGAGUGGGGGAAGAAAAUCGACGCUGAAAAGGCGAUAUCAAUUUGUUUCCGAGCUAGCUGGGUGAUGAGUGUCCUCCAUGACGGGAUCGGGGUCCCAAGAAUUGGUCUGGACACAAGCGGGUCAGGACAUAACGCUACAGAGCAAUUGAUCGGAGGCGCUAAAGACAAAGGAUUCCUCGAUCCCUUUCAGGCCGUGGACGACAUACAUGAUGUGGAGGUGUCCUGGACGCUCGGGAAAAUGGUGCUAUAUGCGACAUCUGUAAUUCCUCCAAAAGGGAAUUCAGGAUACGCUUUACCAGUCGGAUUCGGAAGCAAUACCCUUAAAGGCGAGGUGAUACCUGCCGACUUCGAAUAUGCAGGAAGUGGUACCAACCCUGCAAAGACACCAUCUAAACCCCACAUACCAACGACACCACCUACCUCACCUGCGAUUGGUGGCUCCGUAUCGGGUAUCCCCGUCCCCACAACGGGUAGCGAGCCGGGACCGGGACCAGAAGAUGAUUCAGACCAUUGGCAUGGGGCGCUAUGGAACAACAGCAAUUCAAAUCGUAGGAUUCCCGGGAUAAUUCUGUUCCUCUUGAUCUUCUCAUUUGCUUCAUAUCUAUUAUUGGGUCGGGAUAGACGCCACCGACUGGCGCGGAAAAUGAACCUACAUAGAUUGUUUGGUGGGAAAGGAAGAAAGAGCGCUAUGGGUGGCAGUGGUAUCUUGUAUGAAAGAAUCGGAGAAGACAUAGAAUUGGGCGAGUCUGCGACGCCAUCAUUCUUCGAACUUGCUGACUACGAAGACGAUGAUGUGGGAAACGGGAUUAACAAUGACAGUGGGAGUAGAAGCGGUACGAUGAGGCGGGGAGUCUCCACCAGCAAUGUCAAAGGUUUGGGGUUAAACUUAGGCCCAUAUGGGUCUCGAAUGGGUAGCCGAAUAUCAAGCCGCGAGCAUCUAGCUGCGGUGUCGAGGAGUCGGGACGGAGGAGAGUGA